AUGGCAAGACCCAUCCGACCGGCUCCCCAAGCCCAACCAGAUACACCCGGUGCAGGCCCGUCCACUUCACUACGGACGUCCGCCCGUACCCACCGAGUUUCUGCUUCCGCUUCAGCCGUCUCUGUCGCCAGCCCUGCUACCCCGGGCCCACCGACGCCGGAAAGUGAUCCAGGAAAGGGAGGAGGGAGCUUGAGAAAAACGUUGGCGGUGGAGGCAAAGACGCAUGGGACCAGGAGGGCGGGAAAUGCGGUAGAGCGGAGGCCUUGUCCAUUUCCCUCGCAAUGGGGCGGGAGAAACAAGUGUUGUAUCUCACAGGAGGAUGAGGCGGAUGAGGUUUUGAUGGGAGUCUUCUCGUCGAUAGCAUCUCUGGAUAACCGUGCUUUGUCACCCGAAGAGAUAGCGUCGACCUGCUUUCAGCAAGGCUGGCUCCGUCCACCUUCCGCCGCCAUCGAACCCACAAACGUGAUCAACAACGCCAUCCGCUCCUACAUCAAACGCUGCGAAAAAGCCAAACGACACUGCCUCCUCCAGAAACAACAUCUCAAUGGCUCCGUCGCUGAGCAAGUCCUCGAGUCUGCCCUUCAUCCCGCUGCUUUUGAGAAUGGCGAACGGCCAAAGGGGCCUGUGUGGUUUCUUCAGAGCGGACCAGGGGCGGCCAAGACAAAGUGGAAGAGUCCUUUCGAGGGGAUGGAGAUACCCAAACCGCCCCCCAAGAAGCCUGCGCCUAGAAAGUCGGAUGGAAAGAAGGCAAAGCAGGGCAAGGACAAGUCGCUGGCGCCGGUCAAGAUCAGACUGGUACUGGGAGGGGCUGCGGUGGGCGAUGAUGAGACGGGGAGCGAGAGGACGAGCAAGUCGAGGUCGAGGAGUGUGAGCGUCGGGGUGGGGAAGGAGAAUGCGUUGGAUCGCGCUGGCUUGAUGCUUCCCCCGCCCCCCAGAGUUCAGACAAAGAGGGUGGACAGGUCGGCGUCAUGGAAGGCUAGGGAUGUUGUCGAUUCGUCUUCGGAUAGCGACUCGAGCGAUUCCGAUAUGGAGGGUUAUCCCAAAAACCGUCUUCGACCUUCUCGCCCGACACGUCGAGGGCUACCCGCGCCUCUUGCUCUCAAUGGCUCUCCCCGAACCUACGGCAACAAUCGGCUCCCUACCGGUUCCCCAUUCAACGACCUCUUCUUCCCCGCUCCCGCCCACCCCAUGUCCCCCGGUACCCUUGCCGCGUCGUCCUUCCCCUCCCACCCUCUCGACAACACCGUCUGGAUGGACCGCAAGUCUCCCAAGAUUGAGACUAGCGCGGCCUCGGAUGAAGAGGUGGUCGACCCAGAGUGGGGCAUGUGGUCAGAUAUCAUCUUCAAGGAGGAGAUGGAGGAGGAGAAUAAGGCGGCUUGGUCGGUAGAGGAUGAGGCGAAAGUCAAGGAAGCUACGGAUGCGCUGAGGGCGUUGUUCCCCCUGGAAACGCAGGAUGACGAAAUGCUGUCAGAUGAUAGGGAGUUUGACCUCGCCAAGACUGUCGACCGGCCUAACGGGACGACUUCGCCGAGUCUUAGUGAGCCUGCCUCUAUCGCGACUUCUGGUACAGCUCGUACUGGGCUGCGCGGCAAACUCAAGGCUGUCGACGCUGGCGGUCUUGCGCUCAAUAGCUGGAUAGUCAACUUUAGCCCUGUCGCUUCUCCUCGAGUCCGCCCGUCUCGCACUCUUGCCCACUCCCAACCCCACGAUUUCAGCCCCACCCAACACUUUUCCAAACUACGGGGUCAGUUUGACCAAGAUGAGAGUAUGGAGGUGGACGAUGAUUCUGCGUGGCUGGACGAGUCGGGAGAGCUGCCAGUCAAGGCGGAAGACAGCUUUUCGGAUGUGGAUAUCGGGUCUACGAUCGACGAUGUGGCUUCGCCCGAGCAUGAUCGACAUCUUCAUACUGCUCUUUGGGCACAAGAAGCCUCUUCGACUAUCCGCGUCAAAUCCGAGCCCGAAGAUUUCCCUACCCCCUCCUCGAUCGAAGACGAACCCAUGCCCUGCUCUCGCGCCAGCCUUACCCCUUCGUACGACUCGAGCGACUCGCCCGACUAUGACGAAUAUGGCGUGGGCUACAAUGUUGAUGAGAUGAUCUUGGGCCCGGAGAGCGUCAGUGUGGAUGAGAUUGAUGGGUGGUUGCCGGCUUCUCAACACCGGACGCCGCAUCGCACCAGGGCGGGGAAGGGGAAGAAGGUGCAGGCAAAGGGGAAGGAGGAUUGUGCAAAGUGGGGGUCUUGGGGUGGGAUUGGCGUUUGUUCUUCGGGCAAGCGAUCUUCUCGCUCCAGUGCCAGCACCGCCACGCGCAGACGCAAGAGCAAGACUUGCUUUGAACGUUUGAUCACCCCCGAGAGCGAUAUCGGCGCCGACUGCGAGGUGGAGGUGGAUGAUGCGAUCGGAACGGAAGACUUUGACAAGGCGAGGGCGGAGGCGGAUGCCAAAGAGGAGAAGCAUAGAAAGGCGAGCAAGGAAAAGGCGGAGAGACAUAAGGCGAUGUUGGAGGCUUAUCGGGAGACUGUCAAGAGGGAGUUGCCAGAGGGCGACGUUACGCCAAGUCCUUGGGAGGACCCUCAGUCUACUGUCCAGUGGGGAAGCAGCUCGACCGACUCACUUCAAACUCCUGGCGUCCUCAGUCCCAUGGUCCUCCACAGCGUCUCCAACCUCUCUCUUUCCAACCCCGGCGAGUCUUCGACGGGAGUCGAUCCCAAGGCUCUUGUCAGCCCGCCGAUGGGAGGUAUCUUUGGUCAAGGUCUUGGAGCGGCGAGUUUGGAUGCGGGGUUGGAGGUGGGAAUGCUGGAUGCGGCGUUGAGUCAACAAGAGGUGGACGCUAUCAUGGCUGCACCUGUACCCGAAACACCUGUCGCGCCUGUAGCCACCCCUGCGAACCCGCCUCGCCCGGCUACCGCCUCGGUUGCGACUUCUUCGGUAACGGUACAGCCCACGCCUAUUACUGUGGUCUCUACAUCUGCCCCGAGCGAAAAGACUACUGCGGUGGUGGCUCUGCCAACUGCCAUACCGAGCUCCGCCCCUUCAGCGCCUGCUAAAUCGCCUAUCCCUCUCGCGCCUACCGCCAAACCUGCUUCAGCGGCGACUGCGAGUGCUGCGAAAGCGACCUCUCCUACCACUCAGGCCGCCGCGCCCCGCCCUAUCAACCAGCCUGCUGCCAGUGUCCCGCCUUCGCGAAGUUCGACCCCCGGUACGACCUCGAGUACGAGCAGUACGAGCACCGGUGCCCGUUCUGGCGGCAAGAUCGCUACCAUCACAAAACCGCUUUGCCCUGGCGUUGACGCUUGUGUGGUGGAUAAUAUCCCCGUGUAUGCGCAUCUGUUUGAUGGGAGGAAUGGGAGUGGAAAGCAAGUCUUGUUGCGACGGUUGGAUACCGACUUUGUGAACGCGAACGCUCUUCUACAUGCUUUGAGCGUCCCUGCCGGUAAACACGCCGAAUACCUCGACAACCCAAUCUCUCAAGCCCGCGCCAGCGCUCGGCACCUCGUCCACCCCUCUGCGGCGGGCGUAGAGUAUAGCCACGGUGUCAGCGGCGUAUGGGUCCAUCUGAGUGAAGCGAGAGAGUUUGCGAGGAGGGUAAAGUUGCCGGAAGAAAGUCUGUUGGCGAGUGUGUUGAGAGAGGAUCUUUUCCAGCUCUUUGCUACGCUUGCUGGACUGAAGCCUGAUCAUCCGCCUUCCGAGUCUUUCGGCUUGCCCUUUGUCCCCCGCCGCCACACCCCCCCAGCUCCACCAACCUCCAAAUCAACCCCCAACCUCGCCGCUCUAUCUACCUCUGCCCCAAACUCCAACUCCCACCUGCGUCCCUCCACCAACAACAACAGCGCCCCCGCUACGAACCCAACCUCCCCCUCUUCGGCUGCUUCGGCUGGCUCGGGUGCUCUUGGCCCCAAGGGUGCGUUGGUUAGGCAGGCAGAUGGAGCGGCGCCAGAGUGUCCGAACCCAAAGAGGAGGAGGGCUACGAUUUCGAGCCCUUUGUCAAAGAAGCCUCAGGGGCUUACAUCAACUCCAGCCCCGACCCCGGCGACGGCGCCAGCAUCGGCGGCCAAGCAUGGGCAGGGACAGGGGAAAGGUCAAGGCCAAGGGACAAAGACCGCCCAAGUCGGCGUAGCAGCUUCGAUGCCGAAAAGGGCUACGCGCGCGAGUAUUGGUGGGGCAGUGAAUAAGACUGCUGUUGCCAAGUGA